CCUCUGCUCAGCUUCGGUCGGUUUUACUCUGCUCGGGGCAGGCUCCAGGCCUUGGUGUAGAAUCAAGGAGCUGGCACCCAGGAGUCAGACGCUGUGUAACCCCAGGUGCAGGGGAAGUGGGGGCUAGAACUAGCCCAGCUCUCACUCAGCAGAGGCACUGCCAGCUGGGGCAGAGGCAGGCGAGGGACCAUGGCUGGCUUUAAUGUCCGCAGCGUUCUGGUGACUGGGGCCAAUCGGGGAAUCGGCCUGGGCCUUGUCAAGCAGUUUCUGGGGAAAUCAAACCCACCCGAGUGGGUUUUUGCGAGCUGCCGGGACCCGAAGGGAGAGCGAGCGCAGGAAUUAAAGACCUUGGCAUCCAGGCAUCCAAACCUGGCGAUCAUUGCGCUAGAAGCUACCGACCCAGCCAGCAUCAAGGCGGCAGCAGCCAGAGUUGAGGAGCAUCUGAAAAGCUCGGGGCUGAAUCUGUUGAUAAACAACGCUGGGAUAGCGAGGCUGAACACACUAGAGUCUGAGACAGCGGAGGACAUGUCCCUGGUGUACGCAACCAACGUGACAGGGCCCCUGCUGGUGAGCCAGGCGUUCCUGCCCUUGCUGAAGAAGGCUGCCCAGGGAAGCCCCCAACCGGGGCUGAGCUGCAGCAAGGCGGCCAUUGUCAACAUGUCCAGUGAGGGCGGCUCCAUCACGAAUCUCUUUGCCUGGCAGUUGGGGCAAGUUGUCUCUUAUCGGUGCAGCAAGGCUGCUCUGAACAUGCUCACCAAGUGCCAAUCCUUGGGGUAUGGAGGAGACGGUAUCCUGAGCAUCGCUGUCCAUCCUGGCUGGGUGCAGACUGACAUGGGGAGCUCACCCUCCCAGCAGGCUCCACUGACGGUGGACAUGAGUGUCCAAGGGAUCCUGAACGUGCUUCCAACACUCUCCAAGAAGGACAACGGGGCCUUUGUGAACUGGGAAGGGAAAGUUCUUCCCUGGUGAGAUGCCCCCCGGCCACGCAACAGGAGCCCUGGGCCAGGUCAUUCCAGUGACCGUGCCAUCAGCUGUGCCGGUGUCCUCAAUAAACCCACUGUUCUAACGCAA